AAUUUGUACUAAAGGUACUUAUUUUUGUAUUUAUCGCGCUAUGUAUAUGAAAAUCUAACUGAAAUUGUAUCCUUCUGCGCCGAGCGAGUUCUCAGACCCAGCCAUCGAUCCAGCCAGCCAGUGCCUGUUUUGUUUCUCAAAUUCUAACCGCCGUGAUGACAACAACAACGAACGUUUUAAAUCCCUAACUUAGUUUGACUUGGAAAGGGUGCACUGAAUAAUAACCAAGGCAUGCAUUAACUGUGUAUGGUUCAUACUCAAAAUUAUAUUAAUUGAGCCAGCAAGAUCAGAUUCAGAGUCAUGCCAGUGAAGUGGAAAAUGCCCUCUGCUCCGGUCGAGCUCCGCUCCCGCUACUCCUCGGCCUCCGGCACCACCUCCUGGACGUGGACGAGCCCAGCGGACCGAGCCUGGUCUGGAUAAACGCCCAUUUGGCUGAGCUAUGCACGUAGCAAAGAGCAAAGCAAAGAGUCUUUGCCAUUUUUUUCACCUCAAACUCAAGUCAAAGACUCAAAUUCGAAAUUAAAUCUCAGACUUAAUAUCAGCCAGCAGCAAAUUUGCAUUGCCAUUGGCAGGGUUUAAGUUGAACGUAGCAAUUAAAAUAUGUCGUGUGAAGGAGAUGAAACCCCACCUCCAAUUCCAAAAGGAUGCCAGCUUUUAAGUCACCAAGUGGCAGGACAUAUCUACGGCAAAAGUAAAACUCGGGCAGGUCUGCUGCAAGACAGCAGUGGGUCGAUCUUGAAGCUUCUACAGACCAACAACAGAGGAGAAAGAGAAAAGAGAUUUUACAAGACAAUAUUUGAUGAAGAGCAAGCUGAUCCGAUCCUUCGAGAUGCCCGAAGCCUUGUUUGCCCGUUUCGAGGAACAGUUGCCUCUGCACACGAUCCUUCAGUUGAAUUUAUCAAGCUUCGGGACAUGACAAUAGGCUACAAGCAUCCAUGCAUCAUGGAUAUCAAGAUCGGACGUAUUGGCUACGCAGAGGGAGGGGAUAGCACCAAAAUGCAGAUGUCUAGGAGAAAGUACCCUGAUAUGGAGAAACUCGGCUUUCAAGUCCUGGGAAUGAGGGUGUUUCAUCCUCGAAGCCAGAAGUACACAACCUAUGACAAGACAUACGGAAAAACACUCAACAUUGACAAUAUGAUUGAAGGUUUGGCCAAAUUCUUCAACGUGGACGAGACGAUCCGAACGGACGUGAUGUACUCCUUCCUGGUCCGUCUGCAGCAGAUCCUGGACUGGUUCCAGGUCCAGGCCAGGUACCACUUCUACUCCAGCUCUUUGCUCUUUAUCUACGAGGGCGCUGUCUCUCCAGGUGACGAUGCCGUCAAGAAACCUAUCAACCUUUCCCAACAUUCCGAUGGAGCGUUCAACGGUCAUGCUGAUGAUAUCUUCUCAGUGAAACCGGACACUUAUCCCUUGAAGAGAAAGAAAUCAUCGGAUUGUGAUGAUAGCAUUGUUGAUGGAGAUGAUUGUUCUGGACUCAACAGAGGGAACAAGAACCAGCGGGAGAAUGGGAUUAGAACGGUUGAUGAGGGUUGUGAAUCAAGGACGAGUGUUCCAUUGAGUAGCUCUAAAGCUAAUGAUAGGGUAGGAGUAGAGGUGACGCACAAUACAAUCAUUGAUAGACAUGAGAUUAAGGCUGGUGUGAACCAUGUCCGAGAAAACCUAGGACCUUCUGCUUCUUUAGGAGGAACGGUCUACGGACACGAGCGUACGCGAAACAAUCAUCACAGCUGCCACGUUCCAACUCCAAACCAUUCCACGCACCAACUCGGCAUGCCAGUACAUGCAAACCACAGGACCGACCAGAGCAAUGUGAGGGAAACCUCUCGCAAGGACUCUGACUUGCCUCAUGAUGGGGCCAACGACCACUCGCCGCAUCACGUGGAGAUUCGCAUGAUUGACUUUGCUCAUGCAAUUGAAACGACGACUCGAGACGAGAAUUAUAUCUUUGGUUUGAAGAUGCUGAAGCAAUACAUUGAAACACUUCAUAACUGUCACAUAUGGUGAUGUUGAUGAUCUAUGUUGUUUGCGUGUCAGUGUUUUUACGCUCAAAUGUUCAUCCGGAAGUGCCAAGGAAUGAAAGGAAUAUAUUAGGUGUAUACGCAUUUGAAACAUUUUCCAGGCCUAUAAGUCAUGAUUUUGGGUGCUAAUUGGGUACCGGUAGGAAACAACCGUCAGUGUGGUUGGUUUAGCAUGUUUGCGCCUAACAGGCUGCUU